AUGUUACCUUUACAAAGUCGAAAACAACUAAGUGGACAAAUUCUUAAAAAAUCGACUGUUGAAAUUUCUAAAACAAUUUUAGAUGAUGUAAUUAAUGAUGAUCUUGGUGUUGUGCUUGUUUAUGAUGGGUGGAAAAAUAUUGCACAUGGAAAAAGAAGUAAAAGUGAUGCUGUAAUUGAAGAAACAAAAAAGGCAUUUGAUUAUCUUAAACAAAAAAAUAUUAAAGUUAAUAGAUUAAUUACGGAUCCAGCUUCAAAACAU